GUCUCGUCUGGCUUUCAGUCCCUGUUCCGGCAGGGAGGAGGCGGAGGAGGAGAGAGAAGGAGGGGGAGUCGGUCUGCCCCUUUGUCGGAUUGAUUCCUGACCCAAUCUGGAUCCGGGUUCUGCGGUGCUGCAGUGUGCCACAGCUGCGGAACAUAUUGAUUGAUAUUAGUUGGUCCUUUUUCGAAAAGCGGUCCCGGCCUGUCAAUCACCCCCCCCCCCCCACCCACCUUCCCCGCUGUAGUCUCGUCAAGUUGCGGCUGGAUAUGGACAAACGUCAGUGAGCUCAGCACGCCGACACCGGAGGACGUGAUUCCCGACACCGGAGCUCGGAACCAGCCCAACAUGUCUGUGCCCCCGUUUCCAUGGUAACCAAGAGGCGCACGUCCGUCCCAAAAAGGAGUUAACCCCGCCUCCUUUACCUGUCCAACCAGCCAGCGUUCCUGCCACCUGACAAGCCACUGUGACUUUUGCAUUCAUUGGAGACGCCCGGGAGGAAAAUGGCCAACAACACGGCAGACCACCCUGCGGGGAACUCUGUUGCCGAUGGCAACCAGGAGGGGGACUUUGGGGUGAGCGUGAUGGACCUGAGGGACCUGAUGGAACUGAGGAGCUCAGAGGCCGUCAACAAGAUCCGGGAGUCCUACGGAGACGUGCAGGGCAUCUGCCGCCGCCUGAAAACAUCGCCUAUUGAAGGUCUGUCUGGGAACCCCGUGGACCUGGAGAAACGACACGGUGCAUUUGGGAAGAACUUCAUCCCGCCAAAGAAACCCAAGACUUUCCUGCAGCUGGUAUGGGAGGCCCUGCAAGACGUCACCCUCAUCAUCUUGGAGGUAGCAGCCAUCAUCUCGCUUGGCUUAUCCUUCUACCAUCUACCAGGAGGAGACGCUGAAGCAUGUGGGCAGGCAGAGGGCGGCGUGGAGGAUGAAGGCGAGUCUCAGGCCGGCUGGAUCGAGGGCGCCGCCAUCCUGUUCUCAGUCAUCAUCGUGGUCCUGGUGACGGCCUUCAACGACUGGUCCAAGGAGAAGCAGUUCCGAGGGCUUCAGAGUCGCAUCGAACAGGAGCAGAAGUUCACGGUCAUCCGCAAAGGCCAGGUCAUCCAAAUUCCUGUGGCCGAGCUUGUGGUGGGAGACAUCGCACAGAUCAAAUACGGAGACCUGCUCCCCUCGGACGGCAUCCUGAUCCAAGGCAACGACCUGAAGAUCGACGAAAGCUCUCUGACCGGUGAAUCGGACCAGGUGCGCAAGUCCCUGGAGAAGGACCCCAUGCUGCUGUCAGGCACUCACGUGAUGGAGGGCUCUGGCAGGAUGGUGGUGGCGGCCGUGGGCCUCAACUCUCAAACCGGCAUCAUCUUCACGCUGUUGGGCGCCAGCGACAACGAAGAUGAGAAGAAGGUCAAGAAAAGUAAAAAUCAAGGACCCCCCGAAAAUCGCAACAAAGCCAAGACCCAGGACGGCAUCGCCCUGGAGAUCCAGCCGCUGAAGAGCGAGGAGGCCGCCGAGUCCGAGGAGAAGGAGGAGGCCAAGGUCGUCAAGAAGGUCAACGUCACUAAGAAGGAGAAGUCUGUGCUGCAGGGCAAACUCACAAGACUGGCAGUGCAGAUUGGCAAAGCUGGUCUCAUCAUGUCAGCGGUGACGGUCAUCAUCCUCAUCCUCUACUUUGUCAUCGACACCUUUGCCGUCAAGGGUCACUCGUGGACGGCGGACUGCACGCCCAUCUACAUCCAGUACUUUGUCAAGUUCUUCAUCAUCGGCGUGACCGUGCUGGUGGUGGCCGUCCCGGAGGGCCUGCCCCUGGCCGUCACCAUCUCGCUGGCCUUCUCCGUCAAAAAAAUGAUGAAGGACAACAACUUGGUGCGUCACCUGGACGCCUGCGAGACCAUGGGCAACGCCACGGCCAUUUGCUCCGACAAGACGGGCACGCUGACCAUGAACCGCAUGACGGUGGUGCAGGCGUACAUCGGCGACACGUAUUAUAAGAACGUGCCGGAGCCGGACGUCAUUAAGCCCGGGACCCUGGAAGUGUUGGUCAACAGUAUUUCCAUCAACUCAGCCUACACUACUAAGAUCCUGCCUCCAGAGAAAGAAGGCGGUCUCCCCCGUCACGUGGGAAACAAGACAGAGUGCGCUCUGCUGGGACUGGUGCUGGAACUGAAGAGGGACUACCAGCCCAUCAGAGAUGAGGUGCCCGAAGAGAGGCUCUACAAGGUCUACACUUUUAACUCCUCCCGUAAAUCCAUGAGCACGGUGCUGAAGAAACCAGACGGAGGCUUCCGCAUGUACAGCAAAGGAGCUUCGGAGAUCAUCCUCAGGAAGUGCUCCCGUAUCCUGGACACUGACAGCCAGCUUCGUGUCUUCAAGCCCAAAGACCGAGACGAGAUGGUGCGAAAGGUGAUCGAGCCCAUGGCCUGUGAUGGUCUGAGGACCAUCUGCGUGGCCUUUAGGGACUUCCCCGCUGAGGCAGGAGAGCCAAACUGGGACAAAGAGAACGACAUCCUCAGCGAACUCACCUGCAUCGCUGUGGUCGGCAUUGAGGACCCCGUCAGACCUGAGGUCCCUGAAGCCAUUGCCAAGUGCCAGCGUGCAGGAAUCACAGUGCGCAUGGUUACAGGCGACAACAUCAACACGGCCCGGGCCAUCGCCACCAAGUGUGGCAUCCUGCUCCCCAACGAGGACUUCCUGUGCCUGGAGGGCAAAGAGUUCAACCAGCACAUCAGGAACGAUAAGGGCGAGGUGGAACAAGAGCGUUUGGACAAAGUCUGGCCCAAACUGCGUGUUCUGGCUCGUUCAUCUCCCACAGACAAACACACGCUGGUCAAAGGCAUCAUCGACAGCACGGUGUGCGAGACCCGUCAGGUGGUGGCGGUGACAGGAGACGGAACCAAUGAUGGCCCUGCCCUCAAGAAAGCUGAUGUUGGCUUUGCCAUGGGUAUCGCUGGCACCGACGUAGCCAAGGAAGCGUCCGACAUCAUCCUGACCGACGACAACUUCACCAGCAUCGUCAAGGCCGUCAUGUGGGGCAGGAACGUCUACGACAGUAUCUCCAAGUUCCUUCAGUUCCAGCUGACCGUCAACGUGGUCGCCGUCAUCGUGGCCUUCACAGGCGCCUGCAUCACACAGGACUCCCCCCUCAAGGCGGUCCAGAUGCUGUGGGUCAACCUCAUCAUGGACACGCUGGCGUCGUUGGCGCUGGCCACCGAGCCUCCCACCGAGUCUCUGUUGCUACGGAAACCGUACGGCCGCAACAAGCCCCUGAUCUCCAGGACCAUGAUGAAGAACAUCCUGGGCCACGCCGUGUACCAGCUGGUCAUCAUCUUCACCCUCCUGUUUGCUGGCGAGAAGUUCUUCGACAUAGACAGCGGGCGCAACGCUCCCUUGCACUCGCCGCCGUCUGAGCACUACACCAUCGUCUUCAACGUCUUCGUCAUGAUGCAGCUCUUCAAUGAGAUCAACGCCAGGAAGAUCCACGGUGAGAGGAAUGUCUUCGAGGGCGUCUACAGGAACCCCAUCUUCUGCAGCGUGGUGCUGGGGACCUUCGCCCUGCAGAUCGUCAUCGUUCAGUUUGGCGGGAAGCCCUUCUCCUGCACGGCUCUGGCCAUCGACCAGUGGCUGUGGUGCGUCUUCAUCGGCGUGGGCGAGCUGCUGUGGGGGCAGCUGAUCUCGGCCAUCCCCACUCACCACCUGAAGUUCCUCAAGGAGGCGGGUCACGGCAUCACCAAGGAGGAGAUCCCUGAGGAGGAGCUGAUGCACCACGCGGACGAGAUCGACCACGCCGAGAUGGAGAUGAGAAGGGGCCAGAUCCUCUGGUUCAGGGGUCUGAACCGCAUCCAGACCCAGAUGGAUGUGGUCUAUACCUUCCAGACGGGCCAGGCGGCGGUGCCUGGUGCCCUGCGCCGCCAGCCCUCUGUGGUCAGCCAGCACAAUGACGCUACCGCCAAAACUCUCUCUAGCCCCACCCACAUUAAGGUGGUCAACGCCUUCCGCAGCUCGCUGUACGAGGGUCUGCAGAGUCCCGAGUCGCGCAGCUCCAUCCACAGCUUCAUGGCCCAUCCCGAGUUUGUGCCCCUGUCAGAGGAGGAGGCCCGCAUCCCCGCCAUCCAGGAGACCGGAGACGAGAUCCAAGACCUCGCCAGCGCCUCCUCCGGCGCGGGGGAGGCGUGAGCGCCCGUCGAAGCUCCGCCUCCUCUCCCCUCCAUUCGUCCUCUCGCCGCCUUGUCUUUGUCGUACGGACCGCCGCCUCCUCCAUGCCUGUGAGUCCUCGCCGCCAUCGGGCACACGCGUCAGCAGAGGGCGCCAGUUCUCUCUUUGUUUUUUUUUUUACAAGCAGAGUUUGCAGCCGCAUGUCGCCUUCGCUACUUGCUUCCUCGAGGAAAUGGACCUGGACUCCCUUGUGGUGUACAUACGCUCCCCCUCUCUUGCCCCCCUCAGGUCACAUGACCAACCCUGAUGCCGUCAGGUCACGUGACCAACCCUGAUGUUCUUUCAAAAUGCAAACACUUUUUGUAGCCCUUAAAAAAUGUUGAGUGGUUCUCCAAUGUUUGACUUUAAAGAACAACUUCCUGCUUCACUUCCUGUCGCCAUCUAACCUCAUCUACCAGGAAACUUUGCUCCGAAAAUACCCAACAGGCUUCUCUACACGUCAGAGUGGGAUGUUCUGUGUCGCCUCGCACGCCCUUCCUGUCUGCCGGACUCCACUUCCUGUCUGCGGGCAGUCCACUUCCUGUCAGUACUCAUCCAGGGAUGUGACGUUCACGAGAGUCACUGACGCGCCUGUCGCUUUAAGAGAAGAAACACCCGAUUGGCUCGUUUAAAAAACACUAGCGUAUAUAGAUCACACCAGUAUAUAAGCCACACCCACUAAAUAUUUGAAGAAAAAAACAUGUUUCCACAUAUAAGUCGCAGAUAUAAAUGUUUAUUUACGUACCUUAAUUGUUUCCAAACGGUGUCCGUAACACGGCAGUAAAACGGCUGAUCAAACAAAACCGAAGUCAACACCACGGUGGCGUUUUGGUGAAUUUACGAAACUGAAACAAUACACAAAGAAUGCCGUGGUAAGUUAAAUAAUACUAACACUUAGCAACGAUGCUAGCUCGAUUACACCACGAUAGCACGUGUGCGUGAAAACACUCCGACAGAAAUCACACGUGGGGAUGCUUUAAUGAGUAAGAAUUGUUUUGGUUAUAUUAUAAAACUUACAAAUGUUGCUCAGGGUGAAUCCGUACAAGUAAAAAAACGCUAUGGACAGCGAGAAGACGAAACGAUGCUUCUACUUCCAGUUUGAAGCUCUGAUAAGGAAGCAAACUCGUCCAAAAGAUGGCGCCGCAAGACAAAAAUAAAACACCCUUGCAGCAUCUAUUUUUUUUAUUAUUAGCUUUAUUGUCAGCGAAGAAAAAUAAAUUAGCCGCACCGUUUUAUAAGGCAGAGGGCUCAAAGCGUGGGGAAAAAAAGUAAUGGAUGGUAGUCAUGUAGUCAUUUCAUUUUAAAGACUUUCUGGUAUGAAACCAGUGCAGUGUCAAUACAGCUAGUGAGUGUGCCAGUUGUUUGAUUCAUUCGAUUAAUUUGAGUUGUUUGAUUCAUUUGAUUUGUUCAAUUUGUUUUAUUCAUUUGAUACGUUUGAGUCAUUUGAUUCAUUUGAUUUGUUCGAUUCGUUUUAUUCAUUAGAUUUGGUUGAUUCCUUUGAGUCGUUUGAUUCAUUUAGUUUGUUUGAUUCCUUUUGAGUUGUUUUAUUCGUUCGAUUUGUUUUAUUCAUUUGAUACGUUUGAUUCAUUUGAUUCGUUCGAUUCGUUUUAUUCAUUAGAUUUGGUGCCGCGACCCCAAAAGGGACAAGCGGUAGAAAAUGAAUGGAUGGAUGGUUGAUUCAUUUGAUUCCUUUGAGUCAUUUGAUUCCUUUGAGUCGUUUGAUUAAUUUAGUUCGUUUGAUUCCUUUGAGUCGUUUGAUUCAUUUGAGUGUGUGCCACUCAAAUGAAUUUGGGGUGAACUUUGAUCCCCGGCAGACAGGAAGCUGACGGCGGUGACAAAAGGUGGUUUUGUUUCGUCUCCGGUCACCCCGCUGUGGACGCAGCCCGGUGAACCCGGUCAGGACUUCCUGUAGCAACAGGAAGUCCUCCUGCCAUAUCGGUGCGAAGGCCAGCUUUUUCUAGCGAACUCAGAGCCAUAUCCCCCGCCAUGUUGCUUUGGAAGCCCCGCCCCCUGGCCCCAAGCCGCGGCGAGGACCAGGACCACGUUUACAUGAAGCGUCACGCCUUCGCUCGCCCUCUCUCUCUGUCUCUCUCUCUCUCUCUCGCUCAUCAGUUUCAGUCUUUUGCUCAUUUUUUACGACUCUUCCGUCUUUUUAUAGUCGCCACUUUUUAAUCUUUUGGAGAAAAUGCGACGCGUUGGCGAGCGUUUUGGUGAACGACACGAAUCCAGCGUCUUUUUUUCACUCUAUGUAAAUAGGAUGUCGCCAUGGUUACCUGACGUUAGGGCUCACAGAACUGCAAGGUUUACUUCCUGGCGAGGCCCCGCCCUCUUCACACACCUUGAGCAGGAAGUGGGAAGGUGUCCGUCUGGCUCCCACUUCCUGCUCCCAGGAGGCCGAAUGAGUCUCGCUAAACCAGGCCCAGGAUUCCCGGCAGUGUGGCCUUGGCAUGGUGACUGUGGGAGGGGGCGUGGCCUGUGACAUCACAUGCAGGGAGCACAUGUAAAUAGGAGGGCAGCCAGUUCAUCGCCUCACUUCCACCGGACCGCCGUCCUGGUCUUGGCGUCCUGGUCUCGGACUGGUUGCCUUCCGGUCCGUCUUGAUGCACCUCACUGGACACGGACAGACUUUCGGUUCCCAGAACAUUCCCUUCUUGUGUCCUUUUUACGGAGAAGGUCCCGCCGUUUGACUUCCUGCCCUCCACGGGGCAGCUUCCUGUCCUUGGGUCUUCUUUGGCGAGACCGAGGGAAGACCAGCAGACCAACUCCCAGUCCCUUUAUACGCUGACUUGGCAUCCAAAUAUUCCCGUGGACUACAGUGGAACCUCCGACAUCAGCUGCCAUAACAACACCUUUAUUGACCUUUUUUAUGGUUAUCAUCACACUUCUUCUCUGCGCUACAAGAGGUCAAAGGUCACCACCCAAACAAGUCUUGAAUUGCAGCCGCUGGUUUUUGUUUGAUGACCUGGACUCAAUGAUCUGUAUUAUUUGAUUCGAUUGAUUCGUUUGAAUCAUUUGAUUCGAUUGAUUCAUUUAAUUUUUUUGAUUCAUUUGAUCAUUUGAUUUGAUUGAUUCAUUUGAUUUGUUUGAUUCAUUUGAGUCGUUUGAUUCAUUUAAGGCGUUUGAAUCAUUGGAUUUGAUUGAUUCAUUUGAGUCAUUUGAUUAAUUUAAUCCGUUUGAUUCAUUUGAUUCGAUUGAUUUGUUUCAUUCAUUUGAGUCAUUUGAUUCGUUUGAUUUGUUUGAUUAAUUUCAGUCGCUUGAUUUAUUCGAUUCGUUUGAUAUAUUUGAUUUGUUUGAUUCCUAUGAGUCAUUUGAUUCGUUGUAUUCAAUUGAGUCGUGUGAUUAAUUCGAUUCAUUUGAUUAAUUCGUUUCGUUUGAUUCGUUCGAUUCAAUCAAAUCGUUUGAUUCAUUCGAAUCGUGGGAUUCAUUUGAUUUGUUUGUUUUGCUGCUGUCAAAGAGGUCUGGCGUGCACAUUUUUAUUAUGUCUACUUUUUUAUACUUUUUAUUCUUUAUUCCUUUUUCUUUAUGGCUAAAAAGCUCUUGUGCUACAAUUUGAAUAAUAAUAAUAAUCAUUCCAAAUAUUGAUGUCCCUGUCAAAGCAUUGUGACACCUUCAUGUAAUGUUUCCAAUGAAAAGGCAACAAAAGACACAAUUGAAAUCAAAUAUAUAUAGAUACAGUAUAUAUAUAUACAUACAUAC